CUGUUCUGUUGUUUGCUGAUCCAACCCAAUUUUCCCAUCCUUUAAUAACCCUUUUUCCCUGCUCUUCUCCCUUCGUUCCCCAACACUUUGACGAGCCUUUUUCUCACAAAAGCUUCCAUGAAAUUCCAGAGCAAGAGAAUACACCACCACCACCCACUGUCACCCCUUUCUUCAUCUAACCUUUUUGAUAUCUUAACAGAAGAGAUCGUAUGCAAGAUCCUCGACCACCUCCACGAGGACCCUUUUGCCAUAAAAUCUUUCUCCCUCGCAUGCAAGUCCUUUUACUUCAUAGAGUCUCGCCACCGCGGGUCUCUCAGGCCUCUACGCGCCGAGCUCCUCCCAAGAACAUUUCAUCGCUACCCUUUCGUUUCCCACCUCGAUCUCUCUCUCUGUCCGUGCGUCGACGAUGGCACCUUAAACGUUAUAUCCUCGACCUGGAAAGCUACCCUGAAGUCAAUAAACCUGUCAAGGUCAAGGUUUUUCACGAAUGCCGGGUUAUCGAGCCUGUUCAUCAAUUGUUCGGGUCUCGUUGAGGUUGAUCUGAGCAACGCCACGCACUUGACGGACUUGGCGGCCUCGGCCAUCGCGGAGGCAAGGAGUUUGGAGAAGUUGAGUUUAGCGAGGUGCAAGUUGAUAACCGAUAUGGGGAUCGGCUGUAUUGCUGUUGGGUGUAGAAAGCUGAAGUCCCUUUGCUUGAAGUGGUGCUUGCGUGUUGGUGAUUUGGGUGUGGAGUUGAUUGCUCUCAAGUGCAAACAAAUUCGGAGCUUGGAUCUCUCUUAUUUACCGAUCACGGAGAAGUGCCUCAAUUCUGUUCUUGAACUCCAAAAUCUUGAAGAUCUGGUUCUAGAGGGAUGCCAUGGCAUUGAUGAUGAUGGCCUUUCAACACUCGAGCAAAGUUGCAAGUCACUAAAGAUGCUUAAUUUGUCAAACUGUCAAAAUGUUACACACAUGGGAUUGUCAUCUCUGAUAAAUGGCACUGAACAGCUACAGCAGAUUAUAUUGGCAUAUGGCUCUUCUGUAAGUCAAAAAAUCCCUAAGGUUACUUCUGAUCUAGCAAAAUGUCUGUAUACUUAUUCAAAGCUGCAAUCAAUUAAAUUAGAUGGUUGUAUUAUUACUUGGUCAGGGAUCAAAGCCAUGGCAUGUUUGCGUGCCCCUAUCAAGGAACUGAGCUUCAGUAAAUGCUUAGGACUGACAGAUGAUGGUCUCUCUUUCCUCGUCCAAUCACACAAAGAUAUGAGGAAACUAGACAUCACAUGCUGUCGUAAAAUAACAUAUACCUCUAUAGACAGCAUAACAAGUUCAUGCACUUCCCUUACCUAUCUCAGGAUGGAAUCUUGUAGCUUGGUUCCUAAGGAAGCCUUUGUUUUGAUUGGAGAACGUUGCUCAUUUUUGGAAGAGCUGGAUGCCACAGAUAAUGAAAUUGAUGACGAAGGUUUGAAAUCCAUCUCAAGAUGCUCAAAACUAUCCAUUUUAAAGUUAGGGAUAUGCUCUAACAUUUCAGAUGAAGGACUUGCCAAAGUUGGAAGUCGUUGUUCACAGCUUAAGGAACUUGAUUUAUACAGGUCCACAGCAGUAAAUGAUGUGGGCAUUUCAGCCAUUGCUGAUGGUUGUCCUGCACUUGAGAUGAUCAAUAUAGCUUAUAAUGAUAAAAUUACAGAUAAAUCAUUAAUAUCAUUGUCAAAAUGUGGGAUGUUAAAAGCACUCGAGAUUCGUGGAUGCCUUGGUGUCUCUUCAACUGGUGUAUCAGCCAUUGCUGUGGGAUGUAAGCAACUCACGGUGCUGGACAUAAAGAAGUGCUUCAACAUUAAUGAUAACGGAAUGCUUCCACUUGCUCAAUUUUCACAAAAUCUGAAGCAGAUAAACUUGUCAUAUUGUUCUGUUACUGAUGUUGGGCUUGUGGCACUAGCUAGCAUCAGUCGCCUACAAAACAUGACAAUCUUGCACUUGGCCGGUUUGACUCCAAAUGGCCUGGCAGCAGCCCUAUUGGCAUGCCGAGCAUUAACAAAAGUUAAACUCCAUGCAUCCUUUCGACCAUUACUUUCUCAAUCCAUUCUGGGGUACAUGGAAGCCCAUGGGUGCGUCUUUCACUGGAGGGACAAAGCAUUUCAGAAGGAAAUGGAUCCCAAGGGAUGGAAGCUGCAUUUUGGAAAGAAUAGCAGAGAAGUUGCGUAGUUGCAGAGGCAUGCACGCCCUGGUUAUUUUCAACUGAAUAGCAGAAGACGUUACUGGUUGGGCAUGGGGGGGGUGUCAGCCUAUUAAAUUGGCCAGUCAAAUGGCUGCUCCCCGCUCGGUCUACAACUAAUUAAAGAAAGCUUGUUUAUACAUUGGCCAUAAUUUAUUUAACAGACGGAUAUGACGUAAGAAUUUGAGGCAACAGCAGACACAAGUUUGGAGGAUUGUCAUAUGGCAAUCUGCAUUUUGUCAUUGGCACACCUGUUGAUUUUAAUUUUUUUUUUAUUUAUGUUGGAAAAUUCAUAUGAUGAUGAUGAUGAUCAUAUUGACAAUA